GAUCACAACCAUAGAUAAUAAAAACAUGAAUAGGACCAUGGUCUUAGAAGAUAGAUAUUAAACCAUGGUUUGUUUUUUAAUCUUGUCUGAGAAUUGAUUACGUGUCUUGUGAUAUCUGAUUAGAUAAUAAUAUUCUUUUCAAAAUAAAAACAAUCUCUAAAUUAGUAAGUUAGUAGACUAUUCUUUAAUAUAUGAACCUACCUACUAAACGUUUAAACAGUAAAAAGGUGAUUAUAUUAACAAUUCGUCACAACAUUAACAUUUUAGUAAAUUACCUUGUUGACUAAGCCUAAAGAAUUUCAACUGAUGUAAUAUUUUAAUUUUGUCAUUUCAUUUCAACAUUAACAAUUACGUUUAAUUUUUAUUUUAAUUUUUAUUCGAGUUACUAAAAACAUUUGAAAUGGUAGACAAUCAAGUUAUUUUUCCAGACACUGUCACAGUACUAAAAUCAUCAAAUGGUUCUGUAGUUUAUCUUGUUGGUACUGCUCAUUUUAGUGAAGAGAGCCAAGAAGAUGUCGCUCAAGUAAUAAAUGCAGUCAAACCAGAUGUUGUUGUGAUAGAAUUAUGCUAUAACCGGAAUAGCAUAUUAACAAUCGAUGAAUCCACUAUUGCCAAUGUUUCAGGCAUUACAUUAGAAGAUUUGAAAGGGUCAAUUAAAAAAUUAGGCCUUACUCAAGGUAUAUUUUAUCAACUGAUGAUAAAUAUAUCAGCAAAUAUAUCUCGUGAUCUUGGCAUGAUACCAGGUGGUGAAUUUCGUAGAGCUGUCAUUGAAGCUAAAAAAUAUAACAGCCACAUUUAUCUAGGUGAUAGACCAGUUGAUAUCACUAUAAAAAGAGUGAUUUCAAUGUUGAGCUGGCCAAAAAGCAUUAAACUUCUGGCUCACUUGUUAUUUACUGCGGAUUUUAAAAUUACAAAAGAAGAUGUCGAAAAAUUUAAAAACAAGGACUUACUAGAAACUUUAAUGCAUGAAAUGGCUGCUGAUUAUCCAGAGUUGGAGAGAGUAAUAGUUGAUGAAAGAGAUAAGUUUUUAACUUAUAGUUUACAAAAUUGCGCUGGAUUUGUAAUUGAAAAAACUGGCAAUAAGCCUAAUAUAUUUAAUUCAAGACCUCAAGUUAUUGUUGGCGUAGUUGGAUUAGGUCACGUUGCUGGUAUUAAAAAAUAUUGGGAAAAAAUUGCUGAUGAGCAAAUUGCAGAACUAAUUAUAAUUCCACCUCAAUCAAGAAGUAGCAAAGUUAUUAAAGUUGUCAUCAAAGUUUCUGCCUAUGGUUUACUUUUAUGGGGUGUCUCAAAGAUCCCUGGUGUAAGAUCACUAUCAAAAAUGGCUUAUGAAGCAGUUACUUCUACUUCUACUUCUCUUGUUCAAGGAAAAUUUAUAAAAUUACAAUAAACUAUAAAAAAUCAUCAUUCCAUUAUAUUUUAUGUUAUAAAUAAUAAAUUGCAAAUACAACUGUUCUAAUAAUGUUUAGUAAUAAUCAAAGCGAAGAUAAUUAUGAUCAUAUUGAUGAUUCACUUAUAUAUUCUUCAACAAACAUUCCGGGACCCGGUUGUAAUAUGAAUGAUUUAAACAGCUGUCCCAAUCAAAUGUGUAAUUGUACCAAUUUGUGUCAAACACCAAGUUGCGAAUGCAUUAGUUCAGCUGGCUAUAAUAAUUAUGACAAUUUUGGUAAACUAAUUUCAAUUAAUAGGUUUAUUUAUGAAUGUAAUGAUUUAUGUAAGUGUACUUCGUGUCAAAAUCGAAUUGUUCAACUUGGACCAAGAAUUGGUUUGCGCAUUUCUCAGUGCAGCAAAGGCUAUGGAUUAUAUACCAAUUUUUAUAUCGAAAGAGGGCAAUUUGUUUGUGAAUAUGCUGGAGAAAUAAUUGAUUUAACUGAAGCAGAGAGACGUUCUAAUUUAGAUCACGAAAAUUAUAUAUUUGUGAUAAACGAACACUUUUCUGGAAAUGUAACUACAACCGUAAUCGAUUCUACCAUUAUUGGAAAUAUUGGUCGAUAUAUUAACCAUAGUUGCGAACCCAAUUGUAUGAUUGUGCCAGUGCGGGUUGAUUCGUUAAUUCCAAGGCUAGCAAUUUUUGCAAUAAAAGAUAUUCAGUGUAAUGAAGAAAUUACAUAUCAUUACGGAGGUGAAGGAUCUCGCCCUCAAAAUAAUUUGUCCGAAGUUAAAUGCUUAUGUGAAUCACUUAGUUGUAACAGUUUUUUACCUCGUAAAACAGGGUUAUUUUAAUGUUAAGUAUAUUUAAGCAGUUGUGUAUAUAAUAUAUAUUCUUUAAUGAUAGUUAAAUACUUAAAUAUAAGAAUAUAAUAUUUAUAAUUAUUAAUUUAACAUUCCUGAGUGAAAAAUAAAAUAAAAUGUAAGUCAGAUAUUUUAAGUUUAAAGCAUGCCAACUAUUGGUUGGAUAAUCAUUUAUGUAGCAAAAUUAGUUAAUUUUUAUUAUUAAAUUUGGAUGUUAAUUUUAUUUUGUAAAUAAUAUUGUAUUUUGUAUUUACAAUGAUUUUUAAAAUAUAGAUUUCUUUCAUUUUUA